UGGCAGACCCGCAGCUGUGUCGCCGCGGCACCGUGUCGGAGUCAUGGAGGCGCUGCACAGCCUCUUCGGCUUGGAGUGGCUGGACGCGCGGAGUGUCUUGAUAUUCUCCUGCGUGUUUUUGCUGCUCAGCGAUAUUUUAAGGAACAGGAAACCGAAAGACUUUCCUCCCGGCCCGCGGCCUCUGCCUUUUAUCGGAGAUCUUCACCGCAUCAAGCCUGCAAGACUUCACCUGCAGCUCACAGAGUUUGCAGAAAAAUAUGGAAAUAUUUUCAGUCUCCAUCUGUUUGGGGAAAAAGCCGUGAUCAUUAACGGGUAUAAACACGUGAAAGAGGCACUUGUUGAAAAAGGAGAGGACUUCAUGGAUCGCCCCUCCAUUCCACUGUUUACAGAGAUUUUCAAGAACAAAGGUAUUGUGAUGUCUAAUGGAAAUCCAUGGAAAGUACAGAGGAGGUUCGCUCUUCAUACACUGAGGAACUUUGGUCUGGGGAAGAAGACCAUGGAGCGAUACAUCCAGCAGGAGUGCCAGUAUCUCACUGAGGCGUUUGCUGAUCAGCAAGGAAAGCCUUUCUCUGCCCAGGCGCUGAUCAACAACGCCGUGUCCAACAUCAUCUGCUGUUUGGUCUUCGGGAGUCGAUACGAAUACAACGACAGGCAUUACCAGACUAUCCUUGAGAACUCAAAUGAGAUUUUGCGCUUACAGGAGGGUUUGUGGGUGCAGAUAUACAACGUGAUUCCCUCUGUGAUGAAGUGGCUACCUGGACCCCAAAGGAAAAUAUUUGAUCUCCUCCAGAACAUAGUUGACUUUGUAGAAAUCCGUAUCAAAGAACACAAAGAGGACUUCGAUCCCUCAUCACCGAGAGACUACAUCGACUCCUUCCUGUCAGAAAUGGGAGAUGAAGGGAACACAGAUUCUGGUUUUGAUGUCUUAAAUUUGUGCGCCUGCACUCUGGACCUGUUUUUUGCUGGGACAGAAACCACCACCACCACUCUGCACUGGGGGCUGCUGUACAUGAUCUACUAUCCUGACGUACAAGAGCGGGUCCAGGCUGAGAUAGACGCCGUGAUCGGCCCAUCCAGGCAACCCGCUCUGUCCGACAGAGAGAACAUGCCCUACACUGACGCCGUCAUCCACGAGAUACAGAGGAUGGGAAACAUCCUUCCACUGAAUGUGGCCCGCAUGACGACCAAAGACACCACUUUGGAUAAAUACUCUAUUCCAAAGGGGACUUUGGUCAUGGCGACGCUUCACUCUGUCCUCCAUGACGAGUCCAUGUGGGAGACUCCACACACCUUCAACCCUCAGCACUUCCUGGACCAGGAUGGUAAAUUUAGGAAGAGAGACGCCUUCAUGCCUUUUUCUGCAGGUAAACGUGUGUGUAUCGGGGAGCAGCUGGCCAGGAUGGAGCUGUUCCUCUUCUUCACUUCCCUCCUGCAGAGGUUUAAGUUCUCACCUCCCCCAGGAGAGGAGCCCAGUCUGGAGUACAAACUGGGAGCCACUCAUUGUCCCAAACCUUACCGCCUCUGUGUCGCACAACGUUAGACCAACAGAAGGGUUGACAGAACGUCCUGCACCCGCUGCACUGUCUCUGGAAUCAAAGAUCUCAGUGGCAGCUGUGUUUUAAAACCUGCUGGUAUUACAGCUAUUGACAUUGUUGAAAUAAAGUUGUCCAAAUUGUUGAUGCUAGAAAUGAACGGUGUGACUUAAAUGGCUACAUUUUAAUCUAAAACACAUUUCUGUGGAACAUUUUGCUUAAAUUUUGAACUUGUUGUUGGGAAGCAUAUCAAUAUCCUGUUAAGUUGUGUUGGUUGUGAUUAAUAUCCAUUUAAUAUUUUUUUUUACAGUGAAAUGCUUUUGAUGAAAUGUUCACUUCUUUAAAAAGAAGCAUGGAAUGCAUUUAAGCAAGAAGACAUAAUAGACGACACAAAUGGCCAAAGAUCGCAUGUGAUGAAAUCACGACUUUCAUGUUUUAUCAUUAUCCACAAAUGUUGAUAAUCACCUGACUUCAAUAAUCUUCCAGUUUAUUGAAGAUAAACUGGGAGAUUUAUCUUCAAUAAAUCUUCUGGUUUAUGGAAGAUUUAAUCUUCCAUAAGAAGAUAAGACGAAGGAUCUCGUCUUAUCUUAAAUGAAAAGCUUUUGUUUUGCCUCUGUCUUUAAAAUCAGCGUAUCUCCUGAUGAGUUCUGGAGAAAAGUUGUGAAAGCAGCUGCAUGUUUUCAGCUUCAGAGGUAAUGUAAAAGGUUUGGAGAUAAGAUCAAGCUGAUGUCCCACUGGGAUAAAUGUCACUGAUAAGUGCGAGUCAGUGGGGCAAAAGCAAACCUGAAUGACAAGGCAGGAAUCAGUCAAUAAAAAGUCAAUCAAACAAAUGCAGAACUGCUCACAACCCUUGAGCUUUUCCACAUGUUGCCAACCAGGAUGAUAUGACUACGACCAUAAACUUUGUGGUACUUUUGUCCUGGUUUUUGUGGACGCGUUUUGUGUAUUUAAGUUCUUUCUUUUGGCUGUUGAUUUUUAAUUUUUUUUUUUAGUCAUGGUUUCCACAAUGAGUUCAUUCCUUUGUUUUGGGUUUCGCUCUUUCCUCCAAAUUCUGUUCAUGUUUCAUUUCCUCGGCUUUUGUAAAUCUUUUCCGUGAUAAACAAAUAAAAUAAUUUUGAUAAAUGAA